UCUGAUUCUACAUGCGUUUGAAUAACUUAAAUGUAUUGCAUCAACUAAAAUACAUAUUAUUUUCAUUAUCAAUAUCUGACAAAAGUGUUCUAACAACAUUAACUAUGGAACAUUAUGUUUUACAUCUCAACGACGAAAUUCUACCAAAGUGAUUUAACAGUGUUAUUUAUACUAUUUUGUUUUUUUAGAAGAGCCUUAAAAUAACUCCUGGGUCCCACAUGAAUGCUGUACCGUGUAUGAGUAGCCCAUCAAAAUACGCUAAACAAGAAUAUUUACUACUUGAUACACCAAUGAUUUAAAGGGAAACAAAUGAUUACAUUGGUUUGUCGACAGUAUGUAGUUAAUCGCACAACAGCAGAAGCUUCACCACUACCAUUUAUUUGCGGUUUUCUAUCUUCUGGUUUAUGGCUUUUAUAUGGGAUAUGUAAGCCUGAUAGUAAAAUAAUAAUAGUUAAUGUUGUUGGUGUUUUGCUGAUGCUAUCAUACAGUAUAGUAUUCUAUGUUUACACUUUUAAAAAGUCAUCAGUAUUAAAACAGUCUCUAGUCGCAAUAAUAUUAUAUCUAGUAAUGGUUGUUUAUAUGUCUACUGAAAUUGACAAUGAAAUUCUACUGGUUAGAUUAGGUUAUUCUGCUUGCCUCUUAACAUUGUUAACUAUAAGUGCACCAAUGAGCAAGUUAUUCUAUGUCAUUAGAACAAAAUGCACUGAUUGCCUUCCAUUCCCAAUGAUUUUUAUGUCAUUUAUUGUGUCCAGUCUAUGGUUUAUCUAUGGUUGUAUAGUACAAGAUGUAUUUUUAUCGAUUCCCAACUUCAUUGGUGCUUCUUUGGCUGUGGCACAGUUGUCACUAUUUGUCGUCUACCCGAGUGUGCCACAAACACCUCUGUUAUUAAAGAUGACAGAGGCAUAAAGACAAUACAAAUGUUUAGUUGAAUAUAUUUAAUUUACUUUUAUUUUAUUUUUCAAUACAUGUUUGUAGAAAUUGUAAAUUAUUUGAAAAAAAUAUAUUAAGUUUAAAAUAAUUGCAAUUCUAAUUGCCAUUAGUAUUAUCAUGUACAAAGUUAUGCUGUCUCCCGUUUCAGUUAUAUAGGUUAAUUAAAAAUAAAUGAUUUAAAUACAAAUAAAAGUUAGCAAAAGAUUAUAUAUUGUAUAUUGAAAUUUGUAGGAACCUCUUUAUUUAUUAAUGUGAAAUUUGAUAUUAAUAAAAUAGAUGUAAGGAAGAUGACAUUUAA